UGUAAACCAGGCCAGCUAAUGACUACUACUAACAAGGCUGGUCGUCCAAGGAAGGUAGUAAUCAACGCCUGAAAUCCUAGUUAAAGGGACGGCUCGGAUGGGUUUUGUUGGUGCAUGAUCGACAAGUUCCUCAACUGCUUCAGUGACGACAACAUAGUAUACACCACCAAAGCCUUGUUUCCUUCCUUCCUCCCUCCCUACACAAGCUCCAUCAUAUCUUCUUCCUCCUCGUCGCCGUGCUUGUUGUACGUCGAUCGUGGUAGUUGGGAUCGAUGGCUAGGGAGGGGGAGGAGAAGAUGCUGAUAUACGCGAUGGUGGCGCGGGGGACGACGGUGGUGGCGGAGCAGACGGCGUACGAGGGCAAUUUCCGGGACAUCGCAGCGCAGUGCCUGCAGCGGCUCCCCUUCGCCCGCGACGACCGCUUUACCUACGCCUGCGACGGACACACCUUCACCUUCCUCGUCCACCAAGGAUACGCAUUCUGCGUCGUCGCGACAGAGGCGGCUGGGCGUGAGGUCCCUCUGGCCUUCCUGGAGAUGAUCAAGGAGGAUUUCAACAAGAGAUACGCCGGAGGGAAAGCGGCCACCGCCGCGGCCAACAGCCUCAGCAGAGAUUUCGGACCAAGGCUUAAGGAGCAGAUGCAGUACUGCAUGGAUCACCCUGAGGAGUUGAGCAGGCUGUCCAAGGUCAAAGCCCAGGUCUCUGAAGUCAAAGGAAUCAUGAUGGAGAAUAUCGACAAGGUUAUUGAUCGCGGAGAACACAUCGACGGUCUCGUCACCAGGACAGAGCAGCUGCAUGAACAGGCUGCCGAUUUCAGGCAGCAGGGCACGCGGAUAAGGCGUAAGAUGUGGUUCCAAAACAUGAAGGUCAAGCUCAUUGUCCUCGGCAUCGUUGUCGCCCUCAUCCUCAUCAUCGUACUCUCGAUUUGCCAUGGAAAAUGUCACUAGUCAAAUAGUUGUCUACUUUUACAAAAAGGGUUGGAUUGAUUCUUCGUUGUACGGAUACCAUGUCAUAUGGAUGAUGCUACCAAGGUUUUUGAUACCAAA